AUGAAUCGCCUGGCUGUUUCAAUGGGCUUCGGCUUCUUGUUUCGGGUCAUUGAAACUUUGAUCUUUGGCUAUUUGGCUUCAGGAUCCUUGGCAGACUCUCGGGGUCUUUUCCCCAGGCUGGAGAACGUGGGAGCGUUCAAGAAUAUCUCCCUUGUGCCAAACCAAGCCACGUGUGGACUCCCAGAGCGGAGCCCCUAUUGUCACAGCUCUGCCACUGCCGAAAGUAUUCGUUUUUGUAUGCAACGUCUUUGUAUUCAGGAUUGCCCAUACCGAUCCUCCAGCCCCGCCUAUGCCGCUCUUAUCUCGGCGGGCCUCAGCAGCUGCAUCACAGCCGACAAGAAUGAUCUGCACCCUAACUCUCCCAGCAAGUCUACAAGUUUCAUUUUUGGAAAUCACACGAAUUGCUUUUCUUCUCCUCCUUCCCUGAGACUGGCGGCGUCAUUUACUUUAGCUGUGUGGUUGAAACCUGAGCAAGCAGGUGUAAUGUGUGUCAUAGAAAAGACGGUGGAUGGGCAGAUUGUGUUCAAACUUACAAUAUCUGAGAAAGAGACCAUGUUUUAUUAUCGCACAGUAAAUGGUUUGCAGCCUCCAAUAAAAGUAAUGACAGUGGGGAGAAUUCUUGUGAAGAAAUGGAUUCAUCUUAGUGUGCAGGUGCAUCACACAAAAAUUAGCUUCUUUAUCAAUGGAUUGGAAGAAGAUAAUACCGCUUUUGAUGCAAGAACUCUAAGUGGUUCGAUUAUAGAUUUUGCUGCUGGUACGGUACAAAUCGGACAGAGUUUCAAUGGUUUUGAGCAGUAUGUUGGAAGAAUGCAAGAUUUUCGAUUAUAUGAAGUGGCACUUACAAAUAGAGAGAUAGCACAAGUGUUUUCUGGUAAUCUCCCAAAGUUGCACAUCCAGCCACAGUGCCGCUGCCCUGGAAGCCACCCUCGUGUCCACCCCUGGCUGCAGCGGUUCUGCAUUCCUAAUACCGCAGAAGACACUGCCCAUGACAGGGUGCUGCGGCUGAAUCCUGAAGCCCACCCGCUCUCUUUUGUCAAUGACAAUGAUAUUGGUACCUCAUGGAUUUCACAUGUAUUUGCAAACAUUACCCAGCUGAACCAAGGAGUGACCAUUUCAAUAGAUUUGGAAAAUGGACCGUAUCAGGUGUUUUAUAUUAUCAUUCAGUUCUUUAGUCCACAACCAACAGCAAUACAGAUUCAAAAGAAGAAGGAGGACAAUUUGGACUGGGAGGACUGGCAGUAUUUUGCUAGAAAUUGCAGUAUUUUUGGUAUGAAGAACAAUGGAGAUUUGAAAAACCCUGAUUCUGUCAACUGUCUUCAGCUUUCCACUUUUCCUCCAUAUUCCCAUGGCAAUGUCACAUUUAGCAUCCUGACACCUGGACCAAAUUAUCGCCCUGGAUACAAUGACUUCUAUAAUACCCCGUCUCUUCAAGAAUUUGUAAAAGCCACCCAAAUAAGAUUUCACUUUCAAGGACAGUAUUAUACAACUGAGCAUACCGUCAACCACGAGCACAGAUAUUAUGCGGUGGAUGAAAUCACCAUCAGUGGGAGGUGUCAGUGCCAUGGUCAUGCCGAUGUCUGUGACACCACAGGUCAGCCCUAUAGAUGCCUGUGUUCUCAGGAGAGCUUCACUACAGGACUUCAUUGUGAUCACUGCUUGCCUCUUUACAAUGACAAGCCUUUCCGCCAAGGCACUCAAGUUCACGCCUUCAACUGUAAGCCUUGUCAGUGCAACAGCCAUGCCAGGAGCUGCCACUAUGAUGUCUCUGCAGAUCCGUUUCCUUCAGAGCACCUGCGAGGGGGAGGAGGAGUUUGUGAUGAUUGUGAACAUAACACUACAGGAAGGAACUGUGAGCUGUGCAAGGAUUACUUUUUUCGACAAGUUGGUGCAGAUCCUUCAGCCCCUGAUGUUUGCAAGCCCUGUGACUGUGAUAAAGCUGGCACUAGAAACAGUAGCCUUCUUUGUGAUCCGAUUGGAGGCCAAUGUAAUUGUAAGAGACAUGUGUCUGGCAGACAGUGCAAUCAGUGCCAGAAUGGAUUCUACAGUCUACAAGAGUUGGAUCCUGAUGGCUGCAGUCCCUGUAACUGCAAUACCUCUGGGACAGUGGAUGGAGAUAUUACCUGUCACCAAAAUUCAGGCCAGUGCAAGUGCAAAGCCAAUGUUAUUGGGCUUCGAUGUGAUCAUUGCAAUUUUGGAUUUAAAUUUCUUCAAAAUUCAAAUGAUGAUGGGUGUGAGCCCUGCCAGUGUAGCCUCCAUGGCUCAGUGAACAAAUUCUGCAAUCCGCUUUCUGGGCAGUGUGAGUGUAAAAAGGAAGCCAGAGGACUUCAGUGUGAUAUCUGCAGAGAAAACUUUUAUGGUUUGGACAUCACCGACUGUAAGGCCUGUGCCUGCGACCAAGGAGGCACGCUCCCUGGAACACACUGUGAUUCUAAGACAGGGCAGUGCCUCUGUAGACCCAGUGUCGGAGGGAGACAGUGCAACGAAUGUUUGGAGGGAUAUUUCUAUCUCCAGCAAAGCACUUCUUUUCUCUGUCUACCUUGUGACUGUGAUAGGACCGGCACAGUGAAUGGCUCUGUGCUCUGUGACAGGUCAACAGGACAAUGUCCUUGCAAGUUAGGAGUAACAGGUCUGCACUGUAACCAGUGUGAGCCUCACAAGUACAAUGUGACUCUUGGCAAUUUUCAAGGCUGCCAAGGGUGUGAGUGUGACUCCUCAGGAACAUUGCCUGGGACCAUGUGCGAUCCAAUCACUGGUCAGUGCCCAUGCCUGCCCCAUCGUCAAGGAAGAGCGUGUGAUCAGUGUCAGCCAGGUUUUUAUGUUACUCCAGACAACAGCACUGGCUGCCUUCCAUGUGCGUGCCAUGGAACCGGUGCAACUGAUGACAUCUGCAAUGGCCUAACAGGUCAAUGCACUUGCCACGAUAUUUCCGUUGCUGGGCAAAAUUGUGACCAGUGUCAAGCCCAUUACUUCGGAUUUGAUCCUCAGACUGGAAGAUGUCAACCCUGUAAUUGUCAUCUCUCAGGAGCCUUGAAUGAAACCUGUCACUUGGUCACGGGCCAGUGUUUCUGUAAACAAUUUGUCACUGGCUCAAAGUGUGAUGCUUGUGUUCCCAGUGCAAGCCACUUGGAUGCCAACAAUCUAUUGGGAUGCAGCAAAACUCCAUCUCAGCAACCUCCACCCAGAGGACAAGUUCAGAGUUCUUCUGCUAUCAAUCUCUCUUGGAGCCCACCUGAUUCUCCCAAUACCCAUUGGCUUACAUACAGCUUAUUCAGGGAUGGCUUUGAAAUCUUCACAACUGAAGAUCAAUACCCAUACAAUGUUCAGUACUUCUCAGACACAGCCCUGUCACCAUACACCUCAUAUUCCUAUUACGUCAAGACCACCAGUGUGCAUGGUUCAACCAGGAGCGCAGCUGUCACUUACAGGACACAACCUGGGGUUCCAGUAGGAACCUUAGACUUAAGCUAUGCCGUGCCUAUUGGCUCACACUCUGUGACACUUACCUGGACCACAGUUUCAAAUUAUUCUGGUCCGAUAGAGAAAUACCUUUUGUCUUGCACUCCUUUGGGUGGUAUUCAGCCAUGUGUUUCCUAUGAAGGCCAUGAAACUUCUGCUACCAUCUGGAAUCUGAUUCCAUUCACCAAGUACCAAUUUUCUGUACAGGCGUGUACUAGUGGGGGUUGUUUACACAGUUCACCUGUGAAUGUGACCACAGCACAGGCACCUCCGAAAAGGCUGAGUCCACCUGAGCUGCGAAAAGUCAGCUCCACAGAGCUUCACGUGCACUGGACCCCACCCACGGAGCCAAAUGGGAUAAUUAUAAAAUAUGAACUAUAUAUGAAAAGAUUGCACCCUACUGAAGAAGCUAUACCUGAAGAAAGUUUGAUUUUUCAGAGCAGUGGCUGGCUCAGUCCUUCCUCCUCUGCAGAGUCGGCCAAUGAAAAUGCUCCGGAACCUCCCCAGACAAGUACAACUGUCACAGGUUUAGAGCCAUUCACUGAAUACGAAUUUCGAGUUUUGGCUGUGAACGUGGCUGGUAGUGUAUCUUCUGCGUGGGUCUCAGAGAAAACAGGAGAAGCAGCGCCAGUAUUCAUCAAGCCUCCAUCAGUCUUUGCACUCUCACCAUACUCCCUCAAUGUCUCCUGGGAGAAGCCAGCAGACAGUGUCACAAGAGGAGAAGUCCUGGAGUACAAUGUAAAUAUGAUUUCUGAACAGUCACUCCAGCAAUCUGUCCCAGUGACGUUUUUACAGCUGCUUCACACUGCCAACCCCCAAGAGCACUCUCACAUUGUGAAAGGCCUGAAACCUUAUAGGAUAUACAAGUUCACUGUGUCGCUCUGCAAUUCCGUCGGUUGUGUGACCAGCGCUUCUGGGUCGGGACAAACUUUGGCAGCAGAACCAACUCAUUUGAGGGCACCGGUAGUUAAAGCAAUCAAUAGCACCACAAUCCACCUGAGCUGGUUUCCACCUGAGGAACUGAAUGGGCCUUCCCCUGUCUACCAGCUGGAAAGAAGAGAGUCAUCCGCCUCCGCUCCCAUGGUCACUGUGAUGAGAGGAGUCCGUUUCAUAGGAAAUGGAUAUUGUAGGUUUCCCAGCUCCACCCACCCAAUCAAUACAGACUUUACCGGCAUCAAGGCCAGCUUUCGAACAAGGGUGCCUGAAGGUUUGAUUAUCUUUGCAGCAUCGCCUGGAAGCCAGGAAGAGUAUUUUGUACUGCAGUUGAAGAAUGGACGACCUUAUUUUCUUUUUGAUCCCCAGGAAUCUCCUGUCGAAGUUACCACAACUAACGAUCAUGGUAAACAAUAUAGUGAUGGCAAAUGGCAUGAAAUAAUUGCUAUUAGAUAUCAAACUUUUGGCAAUAUCACUCUUGAUGGGCAGUAUAUAGGUUCCUCAGCUGCCCUGAAUGGUAGCACGGUUAUAGGAGAGAACACAGGAGUGUUUGUGGGAGGACUGCCCCAAGGGUACCCCAUUCUCAGGAAGGAUCCUGAGAUAAUCCAAAAGAGUUUUGUGGGAUGCCUCAAAGACAUCUAUUUUAUGAAGAAUUACAAUCCUUCAGCCGUCUGGGAACCUCUGGAUUGGCAGAGUUCUGAAGAGCAAAUCAAUGUGUAUGACAGCUGGGAGGGAUGUCCCACUUCAUUAAAUGAUGGUGCCCAGUUCCUGGGAGCAGGAUACCUGGAACUUUAUCCAAAUAUGUUUCAGGGUGGAACCGACUUUGAGAUUUCCUUCAAGUUCAGAACUGACCAACUAAAUGGAUUGCUUCUUUUUGCUUACAACAAAGAUGGACCUGAUUUUCUUGCUCUGGAGUUGAAGAGUGGACUACUGAGCCUCCGGUUAAACACCAGUUUGGCUCUCACACAAGUGAAUAUGUGGCUGGGAUUUUCUUAUUGUGAUGGAAAAUGGAAUAAAGCCAUUAUUGAAAAAGAAGGCUCCAUUGUAUCAACAAGCAUGAAUGAACUGGUGAAGCGUGUGCCAGAAUCCAGACUCCAGGCUCUGGAGGUGAAUUCACCUGUCUACAUUGGAGGCAUCCCACAGGAGCUGCAGCAUUCUUUCCAACACUUGAGAUUGGAACAAGGUUUCGGUGGUUGCGUAAAAGAUGUGGAAUUUACACGGGGUGCUGUUGUUAACUUGGCAUCUGUGUCCAGCAGUGCUGUCAGAGUCAAUCUGGAUGGAUGCCUAUCACCUGACAGCGCUGCUAACUGCACGGGAAACAACUCCAUCCUGGUUUACCAGGGGAAAGAGCACAGUGCUGACGAGAGUGGUCUCCAGCCUUUUACAGAAUACCUGUAUCGUGUGGUAGCCUCGCAUGAAGGAGGUUCAGUGUCUAGUGACUGGAGUCGGGGACGCACCGCAGGAACAGCUCCAGAAAGUGUGCCAAGUCCCUCCAGGGUGCGCAGCAUCAAUGGGUACAGCUGUGAGUUGGCCUGGGAUAAACCUGUUGUGGCUAGAGGUGUAAUGGAGAAGUAUGUUCUGAAAGCCUACAGCUGGGAUGACCCACAUCUGCUUGGCAUGCCUUCUGCCAGUGCUGAGUUUGUCAAUACCAGUGCCAUCUCAGGCAUAUUGACAGGCCUGCUACCCUUCAAAAACUAUGCAGUAACCCUAACUGCUUGCACUUUGGCUGGCUGUACUGAAAGCUCACAUGCAUUGAACAUCUCUACUCCACAAGAAGCCCCAGAAGAGGUUCAGCCACCAGUAGCCAAAUCCCUUCCCUAUUCUUUGUUGCUCUCCUGGAAUCCACCCAAAAAGGCGAAUGGUAUCAUAACCCAGUACUCUCUGUACAUGGAUGGGAGCCUGGUCUACUCAGGCAGUGGCGAGAGCUACACAGUCACAGACUUAGCAGCAUUCACACCUCAUCAGUUUCAACUCAGCGCCUGCACACGUGUGGGAUGUGCGAACAGUUCCCAGGUCAUGUUGCACACAGCUCAGCUGCCACCAGAGCACGUGGAUCCCCCAAUUCUGACUGUCCUGGAUUCCAAAACUAUCCACAUACAGUGGAAUCAACCAAGGAAAUUAAAUGGAAUUCUGGAGCGCUACAUAUUAUAUAUUUCGAAUGAUACUCUGGAUUUUGCUGUGUGGAAUGUCAUCUAUAACAACACAGAACUUUUCCAGGAUCACAUGUUAGAACAUCUUUUCCCUGAUAAUAAAUAUCUCAUCAAGUUAGGAGCUUGCACAGGCGGUGGGUGCACAGUGAGUGAGGCCAGUGAGGCCCUCACUGAGGAGCACAUCCCGGAGGGGGUUCCAGCUCCCAGAGUCCACUCACAUUCACCUGACUCCUUUGACGUCUCCUGGACUGAGCCCGAAUACCCGAAUGGUGUUAUCACAAGCUAUGGAUUAUAUCUAGAUGGAGUAUUAAUUCACAAUUCCUCAGAACUCAGCUGUCGAGCUUCUGGCUUCGCCCCUUGGAGUUUACACUCCUUCCAAGUCCAAGCAUGCACAGCCAAAGGUUGUGCUCUGGGCCCACUGGUGAAAAAUCGAACUCUGGAAGCUCCACCUGAAGGAACAGUAAAUGUGUUUGUCAAAACACAGGGAUCCCGGGAAGCCUACGUGAGGUGGGAGGCACCUGUUCGUCCUCAUGGUCGCUUAACAUAUUCUGUCCUUUUUUCGGGGAUUUUCUAUGCCAAUCAAGCAGGCAAUAACUACACCCUUCUGUACAGCACAAGAGUCAUGCACAGCAGUGAAGAGUCCAACCUUUGGGUGCUCAUUGAUGGACUGGUUCCUCUUAGUAACUACACUGUACAGGUGAAUGCUUCAAACAGCCGAGGCAGCUUGAUGAGCGAGCCUGUGAAGAUUGCAUUACCUCCAGGGGCUCCAGAUGGCGUGCUGCCUCCCAGGCUUUCAUCUGCCACUCCAACCAGUCUUCAGGUUGUCUGGUCUACACCAGCUCGUAACAAUGCUCCCGGCUCUCCCAGAUACCAACUCCAGAUGAGGCCUGCCAAUUCCACCAAUGGAUGGUUAGAGUUGUUUUCGAUUCCUUCUGCAUCCUUAAGCUCUCAAGUGAAAGAACUUCAGCCGUUCACAGGGUAUGAGUUUCGGUUGGUUGCCUGCAAUGGAUUUGGCAGUACACAUAGCUCUUGGAUCUCAUUCAUGACCACAGAGGACAAACCUGGACCUAUGGACCCUCCGAUUCUUAAGGAUGUAAAGUCAAGGAUGAUGUUGGUCACCUGGCAACAGCCUCCAAAAUGCAACGGGAUCAUUACCCACUAUAACCUUUACCAGCAUGGACAUCUGUACUUGAGGAUGCCUGGAAAUGUCACCAAUGCAACAGUAAUUGAUUUACUCCCAUAUACAGCCUAUAAGUUUCAGGUGGAAGCCUGUACAGCUGCAGGGUGCUCACUCUCCCCAGAGUCCCAGACUGUGUGGACACUUCCAGGGGCACCCGAAGGUAUCCCAAGUCCAGAGCUGUUCUCUGAUACUCCAACCUCUGUAAUUAUAUCUUGGCAACCCCCUUCCCGUCCCAAUGGCUUAGUGGCAAACUUCACAAUCGAGAGAAGAGUCAAGGGGAAGGAAGAAGUUAUUAGCUUGGUGACUCUCCCAGGAAAUCAUCCCAUGAGAUACAUUGACAACACUCCUGCCCUUAGCCCGUGGACAAACUAUGAAUACCGCAUACUGGUGAACACUCUAAAUGGAGGUACCAACAGUAGUGCUUGGGCAGAAGUUACCACAAGACCCUCAAGACCUGCUGGGGUACAGCCACCUGCAGUGCAUGUGCUGGGACCUGAUGCAGCCAAGGUCACGUGGGAAGCCCCCCUCAUCCAGAAUGGAGACAUACUCAGCUACGAGAUCCGCAUGCCAGACCCUCACAUCACCAUAACCAAUGUGACGUCCUCAGUCUUAAGUCAAAUUGUGACUCCCCUGAUUCCUUUUACUAAUUACUCUGUAACCAUUGUUGCUUGCUCAGGAGGUAAUGGGUACCUUGGAGGGUGCUCAGAGAGUUUACCCACACUUGUCACCACCCACCACACCCUGCCUCAGGAUGUGGGCCGGUUGUCCGUGAUUCCUCUAAGUGACUCCUCUGUUGGGGUUGCUUGGCAGCCUCCAUCCAAGCCCAAUGGACCUAAUUUGAGAUAUGAGCUUCUGAGACGGAAAACCCAACAACCACUUGCAUCAAAUCCCCCAGAAGAUUUAAAUCUGUGGCACAAUAUUUAUUCAGGAACUCAGUGGUUUUAUGAAGAUAAGGGUCUUAGCAGGUUUACAACUUAUGAAUAUAAGCUCUUAGUAUACAACAGUGUGGGUUUUACUCCAAGCGAAGAAGUAAGUGUGACGACACUGGCUGGCCUUCCGGAGAGAGGAGCCAAUCUUACUGUAAGCGCUCUUAACCACACCGCUAUCGACGUGAGGUGGGAUAAACCAACUUUUCAAGACCUUCAAGGAGAUGUUGAAUAUUACACACUGUUUUGGAGAUCUGCCUCCUCAAACGAAUCGCUAAAACUCCUUCCAGAAGUAAACGCUCAUAUCAUUGGACACUUGAAUCCAAACACAGAGUAUCAGGUAUUUCUAUCUGUCUUCAAUGGAGUACACAGCAUCAACAGUGCAGUACUGAACGCAACCACUUGGGAUGGAGAGCCUCAGGGCAUGCCUCCUCCAGAGGUUGUCAUCAUCAACAGUACAGCUGUACGCGUCAUCUGGACAUCUCCUUCAAACCCGAAUGGUGUUGUCACUGAAUAUUCUGUCUAUGUAAAUAAUAAGCUCUACAAGACUGGAAUGAAUAUGCCUGGGUCAUUUAUUCUGGGAGACCUGUCUCCCUUCACUAUCUAUGACAUUCAGAUCAAAGUUUGCACUAAGUAUGCAUGUGUGAAAAGCAAUGGAACCCAAAUUACCACUGUGGAAGAUAUUCCAAGCAAUAUAUCUGCACCUACAAUUCAUAAUAUCACAUCCAGAUCCCUUCAGAUUGAUUGGAUGUCUCCAGGGACACCCAAUGGCAUUAUUCUUGGAUAUGAUAUCUUACGAAAAGCAUGGUAUCCAUGCUCCCAAUCCCAGAAGUUAAUGGAGAACCACAGCACAGAGCUAUGCAAAGCAAUAGAAUGCCAGAAACAUGAGAAUAUUUGUGGAUCCAUUUGCUAUUCUCCUGAAACUAAGGUGUGUUGUAACAGUGUCCUGUAUGACCUCCAGCCUGGAUACCGCUGCUGUGAAGAAAAGUAUGUUCCAUUUAUUCUCAGCUCGACUGGAGUUUGCUGUGGGGGUCGAAUUCAAGAAGCAGAGCCAGAUCAUCACUGCUGCUCUGGGUACUACGUUAAAAUCCAACCAGGUGAAGUGUGUUGUCCAGAUGAACAGCACACUCGGGUUUCCGUGGGCAUUGGCGACUCCUGCUGUGGCAGAAUGCCAUAUUCCACCUCAGGAAACCAAAUUUGCUGUGCUGGGCAGCUGCAUGAUGGCCAUGGGCAGCAGUGCUGUGGUGGACAGAUUGUGAGCAGAGACUUGGAGUGCUGUGGUGGAGAUGAGGACGGGGUGCUGUACAGGCGCCUUCCAGGGAUGUUCUGUUGUGGGCAGGAUUAUGUGAAUAUGUCAGAUACCAUAUGCUGCUCAGCUUCCAGUGGAGAGUCUAAAGCACAUGUUAAAAAGGAUGACCCAGUGCCAGUAAAAUGCUGUGAGACUGAACUUAUUCCAAAGAGCCAGCGAUGCUGCAAUGGAGUUGGAUAUAAUCCUUUGAAAUAUGUUUGCUCUGACAAGAUUUCAACUGCAAUAACGAUGAAGGAAACAAUGGAGUGCAGGACUCUCUGCCCAGCAUCUAUGGAAGCCACAGCACAUUGUGGUAGAUGUGACAUCAACUUGACCAGUCACAUCUGCACUGUGGUACAAGGUCCUCACAGUUCCACAGAGAAGGUGUCAAAAGAAGAAAUGUGUUCAUCUGAUGAGGAGAUUGUGCACACAGCAAGUGUGAACACAUACUCCUUCACAGAUGUGAAUCUUGAGCCCUACACCAUGUACGAAUACCGGGUCUCUGCUUGGAACAGCUGUGGGCGAGGAUUCAGCGAAGCUGUCAGAGCCAGCACAGCAGAAGAUGUUCCCCAAGGACUGAGUCCGCCUCAGUGGAGUAAAGUGGACAGUCCUGAACAUGCCAUUGUCUUAAGCUGGAAGAAGCCUCUACAAUCAAAUGGUCCUAUUAUUUACUACAUUCUUCUACGAAAUGGAAUCGAACACUUUAGGGGAACAUCACUAAGCUUUUCUGAUACCAAGAGGAUUUAUCCCUUUCAGGAAUAUUCAUACCAGCUGAAAGCUUGCACAGUUGCUGGCUGUGCCACCAGCAGCCAGGUAGUUGCAGCUACUACCCAAGGAGUUCCAGAGAGCAUCCUGCCACCCAGAAUCACAGCGCCAAGUGCAGAGGCUCUGCAUCUAAGCUGGAGUGUCCCUGAGAAACCAAAUGGCGUCAUUAAAGAGUACCAGCUCAGGCAGGUUGGGCAAGGUCUCAUCCUCACUGACACCACUGACAGGAGGCAACAUACGGUCACAGGUCUACAGCCGUACACCAACUACAGCUUCAUACUCACCGCUUGUACAUCUGCUGGAUGUACUUCGAGCACACCUUUUCUAGGUCAGACACUGCAGGCAGCCCCUCAAGGAGUUUGGGUAUCACCUCGGCACAUUGUCAUCAAUUGUACAGCAGUCAUAUUGUACUGGAGUCCACCGGAGAAGCCAAACGGCAUCAUAUCUCAAUAUCAGUUGAUUCGAAAUGAAACUGUGCUUUACUUGGGUAGCGGCAAGGAACAGAAUUUCACAGAUGGAAACCUGGAGCCAAAUAGCAGAUACAUUUACAAAUUAGUGGCCCAAACUGAAGGUGGAAGCAGUACUAGUGAAGAUUAUGUUAUCCAAACACCUGCAUGGACACCAGAAGAAAUCCAACCUCCAUAUAAUGUCACUGUGAUGGGACCUUAUUCCAUAUUUGCAGCUUGGACGGUACCAGGGAUCCUCAUGCCACAGAUUCCUGUGGAGUACAAUGUCUUACUCAAUGAUGGAAAUGUCACUCCUCUGACCUUCUGCACUGGUCAUCGUCUGUCCACCCUACUGGAAAAUUUGGCUCCAUUCACCCAGUAUGAGAUAAGGAUACAAGCAUGUCAGAAUGGAAGUUGUGGCGUUAGCAGCGGCGUGUUCACUGAAACAUAUGAAGCAGCCCCUGAGGAUCUUAAUUCUCCUAUUCUUAGAGCUUUGGGGUCAGCUCGCAUAGAGGUUAAAUGGAAGCCACCUAAGAAACCAAAUGGAGUCAUCAUCAGCUACUUUAUUCACAGACGUCUUGCUGGCACUGAAGAGGAGACUCUUGUGUUUGUGUGGUCCGAAGGAGGCCUUGAGAUGACUGAUGCUGAAGGUCAUCUGAGACCUUUCACGCUUUACCAGUACCGGCUGAGUGCCUGUAACUCCAGGGGCACAGUGCACAGUCUGUGGUCAUCAGUACAGACUAUGGAAGCUGCACCACAACAUCUGUCAGCCCCUUGGGCCCAAGCUACUGGUGCUCAUUCUGUGCUGCUGAACUGGACAAAACCAGACUCUCCCAACGGCGUCAUCUCCCAGUACCGCGUGGUCUACCAAGAGAAGCCAGCUGACCCUACACUUUCCAGCUCUACCGUGCAUGCUUUCACUGUGAUGGGAACCAGCUAUCAAGCCCCCCUGUUUGGGUUAGAACCAUUCACAACCUACUACAUCAGUAUUGUGGCUGCAAACAGUGCAGGUGAAGUUUCAAGUCCCUGGGCCCUGGUUCAAACCUUUGAGUCUUCCCCAAGUGGACUGAGCAACUUUACAGUACAACAGAAAGAGAAUGGCCAGGCAUUGCUAUUGCAGUGGUCAGAGCCUCUGAGAACCAAUGGGAUGAUUAAGACAUACAACAUCUUCAGCGAUGGCCUGCUGGAGUACACGGGCUUGAGUCGCCAGUUCCUCUUCCGCCGCCUGACUCCCUUCACCCUCUACACACUGACCCUAGAGGCUUGCACCAGGGCAGGCUGUGCACACUCAGUGCCCCAACCCCUGUGGACCCAGCAAGCCCCUCCGGACUCACAGUCGGCCCCUACAGUGGAGUCUGGGACGCCCACCGGGAUGCUGCUGCGCUGGUCUGCCCCUGUCAACCCAAAUGGAAACAUAAUUCGCUACGAGGUGAUUCGUAAGUGCUUCAAGGAGAACGCGUGGGGGAAUCAGACCAUCCAGGCUGAUGAGGAAAUUGUUUUUACAGAAUUGGAUACAGAAAGGGAUGUAUUUCUGUACGAUGACACAGGCCUGCGGCCAUGGAUGCUGUGUGAGUACAGGAUCUGCACCUGGAAUUCGGCAGGACACGUGUGUAGCUCCUGGAGUGCAGGCAGGACAUCGCAGGCACCUCCUGAAGGUCUCUCUGCACCUGAGAUCUCCUAUGUUUCUGUGAGUCCCCCAAAAGUCCUGAUCUCCUGGAUCCCCCCAGAGCAGCCCAAUGGUGUCAUCCAGUCCUACAGGCUUCAGAAGAACGCAGUGCAGUAUCCUUUUAGCUUUGAUGCUGUGACAUUCAACUACACCGACGAAGAGCUGCUUCCUUUUUCUACUUACAGUUACGCACUCCUGGCUUGCACAAGCGGGGGCUGCUCCAUCAGCAAACCUACCAACAUUACCACUCUAGAGGCUGCUCCCGCAGGACUCAGCCCUCCAACUCUUUGGACCGUCAGUGCCAGUCAGAUAAAUGUAUCUUGGUCACCACCAUUAAUUCAGAAUGGAAAGAUCACUGAAUAUGUGCUUAGAGGUGAUGGAAAGGAGUACCUUGCUGGGCAGCGUCUGUACCUACUAGUUUCCCACCUGCGACCUUAUACGCAGUACAAUUUCUCUCUGAUAGCCUGCACAAAUGGAGGCUGCACAGCAAGUGAGUCAAGCUCUAUCUGGACCACGGAGGCCCCACCAGAGGACAUGGAUCCCCCAACAUUGCAAGUCACAGGCUCAGAAUCGAUAGAAAUCGCCUGGAAACCUCCAAGAAACCCAAAUGGCCACAUCAGAAGUUAUGAACUUAGGCGGGAUGGAACCAUUGUCUAUAGUGGCCCAGAGACUCGCUAUCAUGAUUUUACCCUCACUCCUGGGGUGGAGUACAGCUAUUCAGUGAGUGCCAACAAUAGCCAAGGCGGGAUUUCCAGUUUGCUUGUCAGAGCUCGAACCAGCUCAUCAGCGCCCUCUGGGAUGGAACCUCCAAAACUGCAGGCAAGGGGACCCCAGGAGAUCUUAGUGAAUUGGGACACUCCAGUGAAGACCAAUGGUGAUAUCGUUAACUAUACCCUCUUCAUCCGUGAGCUGUUUGAAAGAGAGACAAAAAUUACACACAUAAACACAACUCAUAGUGCUUUUGGCACGCGGUCCUUUGUAGUAAAGCAGCUGAAGCCAUUUCACAGGUAUGAGGCACGCAUUCAAGCCUGCACUGUGCAGGGAUGUGCAUCAAGCGACUGGACACCCACAGAGACCCCUGAGGUUGCACCGUUGAGUCAGCCUCCUCCACAUCUAGAGGUACGGGUGGUUCCAGAAGGCUUCCAGGCCGCUGUUUCCCUGUGGUGGACAGGACCGCUUGAGCCAAAUGGAAAAGUGCUAUACUAUGAAUUGUACAGGAGACAAACAGCAACGCAGCCUGGAAAAGCCACACCCAUGCUAACCUAUAAUGGAAGUGAAAGCUCCUUCAUGGAUUCUGAAUUGUUGCCUUUCACGGAAUAUGAGUAUCAGGUCUGGGCGGUGAACUCAGCAGGGAAAGCUGCCAGUAACUGGACCUGGUGUAGGACUGGGCCUGCUCCACCAGAAGGUCUCAGAGCCCCCCAGUUCCUCGCGGUAUCGUCCACCCAAGCAGUGGUCAACAUCAGCAUCCCCAGGAAGCCCAAUGGCGUGAUCACUCUCUACAGGCUCUUCAGCAACACCAGCGGGACCCGAACUGUGCUGUCUGAAGGCAUGGCCACCCAGCAGACGCUUCAUGGCCUGCAGCCCUUCACAACCUACUCCAUUGGCGUGGAAGCCUGCACCUGCUUCAACUGUUGCAGCACAGGGCCCACAGCUGAGCUGAGAACUCAUCCUGCUCCGCCCUCGGGAUUGUCCCCUCCCCAGAUCCAACUAGUGGCCUCGAGGACAGCCUCCGUCCAGUGGGGUGCCCCACUCUUCCCCAAUGGUGUCAUUCAAAGCUAUGAGCUUCAAUUGUAUGUGGCGUGCCCUCCUGAUUCAGCCCUGCCCUGCACUCCCAGCCAAACAGAGACAAAAUAUACUGGACCAGACCAGCAGGCCAGCCUUGGGGGUCUCCAGCCCUACACUACCUACAAGCUGAGAGUGGUGGCACACAAUGAGGUGGGCAGUGCAGCUUCUGAAUGGAUCAGCUUCGUCACCCUGAAAGAACUCCCUCAGUACCAAGCCCCGUUUUCAGUGGACAGCAACCUGUCUAUGGUGUGGGUGGACUGGAGCGGCAGCUUCCUGCUGCACGGCCGGCUGAAGGAGUACAUGCUAACCGAUGGAGGCCAGCGUGUGUACAGCGGCACGGACACCACCCUGUACCUACCGAGGACAGCGGACAAAACAUUCUUUUUCCAGGUUAUCUGCACUACAGAUGAAGGAAGUGUUAAGACGCCAGUGAUCCAAUAUGAUACAUCAACUGGAGCUGGCCUGGUGCUCACGACUCCUGGAGAAAAGAGAGGCUCUGAAAGCAAGGGCACAGAGUUCUACAGCGAGCUGUGGUUCAUUGUGCUGAUGGCAGUGCUGGCCUUGAUCUUGCUGGCCAUUUUUCUGUCCCUGAUACUGCAGAGAAAAAUACACAGAGAGCCAUACAUCAGAGAGAGACCUCCCUUGGUGCCUCUUCAGAAGAGAUUGACUCCACUGAACGUCUACCCACCAAGGGAAACCCCGAUGGGAUUAGCUGAUACCAAAAUGCCCCAGUCUGGGACGCCUGUGAGUAUUCGGAGCAACCGCAGCAUACCUGUGCUGCGGAUCCCAAGUCAAAGCCAGAUGAACCAGACCUAUUCCACGGGCUCCCUCCACCGCAGCGUCAGCCAGCUCAUGGACUUUCAGGACAAGAAAGUGGUGAUUGAUGAUUCGCUCUGGGAAACGAUCAUGGGCCACAACAGUGGACUGUAUGUGGAUGAAGAGGACCUGAUGAAGGCCAUCAAGGGUUUCAGCUCAGUCACCAAAGAGCAUACCACAUUCACUGACACUCAUCUGUAA